AUGCGAACGUACACCAUGACGUGUUUCAAAUUACCGGUAUCCCUCACAAAAUGCAUCCAAUCGGCCCUGACAAGAUUUAGGUGGGAUGGAAACGAUGAGAAAAGAAAAGUAUGCUGGAUUGCAUGGUUAAAACUCACAAAAUCAAGAAAGGAGGGAGGACUUGGGUUCAGAGAUUUACCAUCUUUCAACAAUGCUCUAUUAGCAAAAGUGAGUUGGCGCAUACUCACACAACCAACGUGUCUCUUGGCACGUAUCCUCCUGAGUAAUUAUUGCCAUGAAGCCCCGUUUCUAGACUGCAAGAUACCCACCACAGUGUCACAUGGAUGGAGAGGCAUAUGUGAGGGAAGGGAGCUGAUUAAGCCGUUUGUAGGCAAAGCAAUUGGCGAUGGAAAAAGUACAAGAGUCUGGCAAGACCCAUGGCUGUCUUUGGAUGACCGGACAGCCCCAAUAGGACCACCUACGGAGGAGGCACAAAACAUGUUAGUCGCCGAACUAAUGUCACCCCACACCGGGAAUUGGGACAUCGACAAAAUCAGAACCACUAUCCCAGAGUGGGAGGCUUCAAUUCUAGAGAUUUAA